AUGAAGCCAGAGUGGGGCAUCAUCCUUGGGUGGAUCCUGCUGGUGGCCAGGGCAGGGGCUGCCAGGAGAGGACCCCCAGAAGAUGCAUCCUUCUACUAUGGAACCUUUCCACCUGGUUUCUCCUGGGGCGUGGGCAGUUCUGCCUACCAGACAGAAGGUGCGUGGGACCAGGAUGGGAAAGGGCCCAGCAUCUGGGAUGCCUUCACACACAGCGGGGAGGGGAGAGUCCUAGGGGACGACACAGCGGAUGCAGCCUGCGACAGCUACUACCGAGUGCAGGAGGACAUUGCCCUGGUGAAGGAGCUACGUGUCAGUCACUACCGAUUGUCCCUGUCUUGGCCACGGAUCCUGCCCACAGGGGUCAGAGCUGAACAGGUGAACAGGAGAGGAAUCGAAUUCUACAGCGAUUUCAUUGACGCCUUGCUGAAGAGCAACCUCACCCCCAUUGUGACCUUGCACCACUGGGAUCUGCCUCAGAUGCUCCAGGUCACAUAUGGUGGAUGGCAGAAUGCGAGCAUGAUCCGAUACUUCAGGGACUAUGCUGACCUAUGUUUUGAGGUCUUUGGGGACCGAGUGAAACAUUGGCUCACAUUCAGUGAUCCUCGGACAAUGGUAGAAAAAGGCUACGAGACCGGUCUCCACGCCCCAGGCCUGAGGCUCCCGGGCACUGGUCUGUACGUGGCUGCACAUCAUAUCAUCAAGGCACACGCCCAAGCCUGGCAUUCUUAUAACAACACGUGGCGCAGCAAACAGCAAGGCAUGGUGGGAAUUUCACUCAACUGUGACUGGGGGGAACCGGUGGACAUCAACAACCCCAGCGACAUUGAGGCAGCUGAGAGAUACCUGCAGUUCUGCCUCGGUUGGUUUGCAAACCCUAUUUAUGCUGGUGACUACCCCCAAGUCAUGAAGGACUACAUUGGAACAAAGAGUGCGGAGCAAGGCCUGGAGAUGUCGAGGCUGCCCACGUUCUCCCUUCAGGAGAAGAGCUACAUUAGAGGCACAUCUGACUUCCUGGGACUGGGCCACUUUACCACUCGAUACAUCACUCAAAGGAGAUACCCCUCCCACCAGGGGCCCAGCUUCCAGAAUGACCGUGACUUAAUGGAACUUGUGGACCCCAACUGGCCAGAUACGGGGUCUUCAUGGCUCUAUUCUGUGCCAUGGGGAUUCAGGAGGCUUCUCAACUUUGCCCAGAUUCAGUAUGGCGAUCCUCCCAUAUAUGUGACAGAAAACGGAGCAUCUCAAAAGUUACACUGCACUCAAUUCUGUGAUGAAUGGAGAAUUCAGUACCUCAAAGGAUAUAUAAAUGAAAUGUUAAAAGCUAUAAAAGAUGGUGUGAAUAUAAAAGGGUAUACUUCCUGGUCUCUGUUGGAUAAAUUUGAAUGGGAGAAAGGCUAUGCAGAUAGAUAUGGAUUCUACUAUGUUGAAUUCAAUGUGAGAAACAAGCCUCGCUAUCCCAAGGCUUCGGUUCAGUAUUACAAGGAGAUCGUCACAGCCAACGGGUUUCCAAACUCACGAGAGGUGGAAAGUUGGCGUCUCAAAGCUUUGGAAACUUGCUCCAUCAACAACCAGAUGCUUGCCACAGAGCCCUUGCUUAGGCAUAUGCACGUGGCUUCGGAGAUUGUGGUACCCACAGUUUGCACCCUCUCCAUCCUCGUUGUUGCCCUGCUGCUAACACUCCUCCUCAGGAGCCACAGCUGA